AUGUCGACCUCCAACUCCGCCUCUCCAACAUCAAAGGACUUGCGCACUGCCGCAAAAAAUGCCCAAACUGCCAGAUCCCCGGCUUCACCACUCGAGCUCCUCCCUUCUAAAUCCGACAUCUACACGGCUCUCGCCACAAUUGUGAUCUGUGGCUUCGCUUCAUGGGCUUCGCAACUCUCACUUUCCCCAGUAUUCGGUGAAAUUCCUUCUGGUCUAAAUCAUGAGAAAACAAAAAACACCGCUUUCGCGGCAGCUGCUACAUUCGCACUCGCUUUGAAAUACACGAUCCCAAGAUCGCGGAUCCUUUUACGCUUAAGUCGCUUCUUAAUUCCAUUGGUCGCCAUAAAUAUUCCAUUAAUACAGGGCGCAAUCUGGCAGAGCGCCGGAGACCUCGGUGCCACAAAUGGUCCAAUUGUCACCGAGGCCGCAACCAUCGGUCCUCUCAUAGCCUUCACCGUCUUUAGUUUAACUGGUAUAAUCAGACCUGUUGGCGUUCCCGUAGCAUCAGUCGCAGCCGCAGAUAUCACAUUGCUAGCGUUGUCGUGGGUUCUCUUCAACUUCACCGAAAGAUCAGCAAUCAGCUACUUGGGUCCUUAUGUCGGAAAGGGAUGGCCAAUGACACGAUGCGGAAUGGAAGCUACGGUCGCUGUACUCGCAGCUUCACUGCACAGGUCCAUGUUCUUAGCCGCUGCUAUCCCCUCCUUCUUCCCGGUGUUCUAUCUUGAUCCUCGUUGUGUCAUGGGUGAGAGAGGUGUGCAGAAGUUGAGGGAACAUCUUGCGCCAUUGAACCACACUGUUGUCGCAAGAAUGGAGUCGAAUACAGGAUACCUAUCUGUUAUUGAAAACACUGAGCAACAUUACAGAUUCCUGAGAUGUGACCACAGCAUCCUCGGUGGAAUCUGGCUCACAUCCCACCCAAACCUUCAAAGAUAUGCUAGUAACCCACUACAUCUAAGGGAACCAAUUUACGCCGUCUUUGUCAUGCUCGAAGCAGUUCGUCUUAUCGACCCCCCAGCACGGGAAAGAAAGGACGCCAAUGCCUUGAUUGUUGGUCUCGGAAUAGGAACUUCCGCAUCGGGCCUGAUCCAACAUGGUAUAAAGACCCAUAUCGUCGAAAUCGACCCAGGCGUCUACCAGUUCGCAAAAGAACACUUCGGAUUGCCACCAAAUCAUACAGCUCAUAUUGGUGAUGCAGUUAGUUAUAUAAGUAAUGAAUACCUCAAAGCCACCUUGAAAGGCGAAGAAGUCAAAAAAUACGACUACAUCCUCCAUGACGUUUUCACUGGUGGUGCAGUACCAGCGGAUCUGUUUACAUGGGAGUUCUUGGAAGGUUUGAAGACGUUCCUCAAGCCUAACGGAGUCAUCGCUAUCAACUACGCCGGCGAUGUCAAACUCCAAUCUGCUCAAUCCGUAAUUUUAACAAUUCUCAAGGUCUUCGGCACUUGCCGUGCCUUCCGCGAAUUUGAGUCUCCGAAGGAGGAAGAGGCCGAAAAGGGUGAUUUCACAAACAUGGUAAUCUUCUGCACGCCUUUCCAUAAGCCUCGUCCAGAUCCAAGAAACCCAGGACACAGAGGAGAUAUAGAUCUCAGCGAGAUUGCGGCACCAUAUUUCCAUCAACCAGAGCCAUGGGACUUCUUGGGAACCUGGAUUAGAGAACAGAGGAUGAUGCCACAGCACGAAGUUGAUCUGUUGGAUAUCCAAAAGGCUGGAAAGGAGGGGGGGUUGGAGGUUGUGUCGGUAGGAACGGUGGAGAAGUUAAGAGAGUGGCAGAGGCAGAGUGCUGUACUGCAUUGGGAGAUUAUGAAUACAGUGGUUCCGUUGUCCGUUUGGACUUUAUACUGA